AUGGACUAUUUCAAAAAAGCUAUAUGGGGUCCCGACCCAAAAGAGCAACAACGGACGAUAAAGACUAUGUUGAAGAAAAAUAGUAGAGCAAUUGAAAAAUCACUACGAGAGUUGUCAGCAUUACAAAAAACGUCUCAGCAAUUAAUAAAAAGAUCAGCGAAGAAGAAUGAUAUCAAAGCAGUGAGGACGUACGCUAAGGAAUUAUAUGCUAUUAAUAAACAAUAUGAAAGAAUGUACACUUCAAAGGCACAGUUAGAGUCUGUUUCCAUGAAGAUCGAAGAAGCAUUCAAGAUGAAGAAUCUGUCAGAGCAAAUGGGUCAAAGUACGGGACUAAUGAUGGAGGUGAACUCUUUAGUGAGGUUACCCGAGUUACAAGGGACUAUGAUGGAAUUAGAGAAGGAAUUGAUGAAGUCAGGUAUUAUAAGUGAAAUGAUAGAUGAUACUAUGGAAGCUGUCGGGGAAUCCAACGAAGAAAUGGAAGAGGAAGCAGAUGCAGAAGUUAAUAAAAUUAUUGAACAAUAUACUACCGAGAAGUUCAACAAGGUGAAUGAAGUACCGGUAACAGACUUGGAUAACGCAGAGCCCCAAGAGGAAGAGAAAGAAGUUCCUGAAGAACAAGUCGAUGAAGAAGCAGAUAAGAUGCUUAGAGAGAUGAAGGAAAGGUUGAAUGCAUUACAGAAUUAA